CCCGGCGGAAGUCCAAAUGAGGAAACUUUACUAUUGAGAUCUUUGUCUUGGUUCACCUUACCAGCUAGCUCAACUUGCCUGCAAGUCCAUAUCAUGGUGACCAUAACACCUCCUCAGCCAAACGAAGCAGAGCAAAAGAAAAGAAAGCAGACCUUGGAGCGCGCAAAAGCAAAUCAUCUCUCGAAACAACUACAGAUGCGCCUGCAGUACGCAAAGCUCAAGGUUGAGCACGGUUGGGUGCGCUAUCUUAUUAUUUCCCGUCAGCUAAUGUGGUGGUUGAUUGCCUGACCGUCGAUUAGCAACGCCAAAACUUGAACGAGGUCGAGAACCUCUACUUCCAUCAUUCGCAGGUGCGCGGGCUGCGUCCUGUCGUACCUUCAAAAGCAGUCCCUCUACUAUCUAUGAAUUCCGUGCCUCCCACUGCACCCGCACCCGAACCUCUCGCACCCAUCGUAGUCGAUGAGACAUCGCAGCAGGUUACCAUUAGCCAGGCACCUCCUGUAGAUAAUUCCCGAGAGGCUACGUCCCCGCAGCGAGCAUCCAAUUCCCCUAUUGCAUCAGCAUCGACUCUCGGGCAGCAUACGCUCACUAAUACCACUUUGAAAUCUGUUACUCUGCCCCUACACACAGCACAAACCCUCCCCGAGAAGGCGCCCUCCCAGGAGCCGUCUCAACCUACUCCCGCUCCUGUUCACCCCA